CACUAGUUACAAGCCUAGUCAUCCUUAUUAGAGAGAGAGAGAGGGAGAGAGCAAAAUAUUUUUGAGAUAUCAAAAUGGGACUAGGACAAGAUGGUGGCGGAGCAGCCAAGGCCAAGUCUUUUCCUACAGGGUGGAAUGUGGCGGCGAGGCCGUGUGACCACUGCAAAUCUGCGGUGGCGCUGCUAUUUUGUAGGACGGACUCUGCUUUUAUGUGCAUGUCAUGUGAUUCCAAGGUCCAUGAUGCGAAUAGCAAAUCUUUGACUUUAUUAUCUUCCACAUCGAAGCACGAACGUGUGUGGAUGUGCGAGGUGUGCGAGCUAGCGCCGGCUAGUGUCACGUGCAAGGCGGACGCCGCAGCCCUAUGCAUCACCUGUGAUCGUGACAUCCAUUCGGCAAACCACCUUGCCAGCCGCCACGAGCGGGUCCCAGUCAUACCUUUUUACGACAAUUCCGAGUCCUUGGUUAAGUCCACUGCCGCAGCUCUGUUGGUGCCUGACUCGACUAGUAACAUCUUGUACGCAACCUCAAAUGUUCAACAUGACAUAAAAUUUAGCACACAGGACAGCUUUGUAACUGAUACUUGGAAAAUUGUUACUGAUCCAAUGGACAUGAAAUCUAUGGAUUUCUUGUUUUCCGAAGAUCAAUUCUUAGACUUGGAUUAUCCAAUUUCAUCGCAUCAACCUGACAGUAUUGUUCCUGUACAGACCAUGAAAUCUCCAAUCCCAACAAAAUUGACUGAUCAUUCAUCAGAAGAUCGACUCGAAGUCGAUUUCACGAGAUCCAACAUUGGUUCAUACAACAACAGCUACACUACCCCAUCUUUUAGCCAAAGUGUUUCAUCAUCUUCAUUGGAUAUCGGGGUUGUGCCCGAAGGGAGCUCUUUUCCAGAAUCAUCGUACUCUUUUGGUGUUGAUCUGAGCAAGAAUCAAGGUUCCCAGAUUGUUGGAUCGAACAGGGAAGCAAGAGUUUUGAGGUACAGAGAGAAGAGAAAGAACAGAAAAUUCGAGAAAACUAUACGAUAUGCAUCUCGAAAGGCCUAUGCGGAAACAAGGCCAAGAAUCAAAGGUCGUUUCGCAAAAAGAACGGAGGCAAUUGAAUCUGAUAUUGAUCGAAUUUUCAUCCCUGAUGAAAGAUACCAUAUCGUUCCCACAUUCUGAUGGCAAAGUUGGAUCAAAAUUCCAAAAUGUAUUACUAAUCAAUAAUAUUUCUUAUGUAUUUCAAUGUAAUGAUAACUGAAUUUCUUGUCUGUGAAAUAAUUAAUCAACGGAGAUGUUAGUAUAAAUCUUGUUCCUCUCAACAGAAAGGGAUUGCAGGGUGUGUAGACUGUGUAGUAUAUCAUCAAUUUCUGCAAUCUGAAAAGCCUGACUGCUUUUUGUUGAAGGGCUUUUAUGUAAGUUUGUCAGUUCCUUUUAAUUUGUAACAUUUGAUCCUCGUUUUUACUUGAGUAUGAGUGAUUAUGGUACGUGGAUCAAUCGUCUGUAUAGAUUAUGAUCGAAUAAAGAAGAAAAUCUGAACUAACUUAUAAU